AUGGAGAGGGCUCUUGAGUUGGUGGAUCUUUCCCCUCCGCGGGACGUGGGACGAGUGGCCGGGAUAGACGACAGGGUCUCGGUCCCUGCCACCUCCCGAAAAGACUUCCGGGUGCGCUGCACCUCGAAGCGGGCCGUGACGGAAAUGCUAGAGCUGUGCGGCCGCUUCGUGCAAAAGCUCGGGGACGCGCUGCCAGAGGAGAUUCGGGAGCCCGUGCUGCGAGAUGCGCAGUGGACUUUUGAAUCAGCUGUGCAAGAGAAUGUCAGCAUUAAUGGGCAAGCAUGGCAGGAAGCUUCAGACAGUUGCUUUAUGGAUUCUGAUAUCAAAGUACUUGAAGACCAGUUUGAUGAAAUCAUAGUAGACAUAGCCACAAAACGUAAGCAAUAUCCCAGAAAGAUCCUUGAAAGUGUCAUCAAAACCAUAAAAGCAAAGCAAGAAAUUCUGAAGCAGUACCACCCUGUUGUACAUCCAUUGGACCUAAAAUAUGACCCUGAUCCAGCCGCUCGUAUAGAAAACCUGAUAUACAGAGGAGAAACAAUAGCUAAGGAGAUGAGUGAAACCAUGAAGUCCUUGCCUGCAUUAAUUGAACAAGGAGAUGGGUUUUCCCAAGUUUUAAAGAUGCAGCCUAUUAUUCAGCUUCAGAGAGUCCAUCAAGAAGUCUUUUCCGGUUGUUGCAUGAAACCAGAUGUUAAACCUGAGAGCUUUAUAACACAAAUUGAAACCACACCAGCAGAGACUUCUACUGGGAAAACCACUGACUUGGUGCUGAGGAGAAAGCGAACUAAAGACUGCCCGCAGAGAGAAUGGUAUCCAUUGAGGCCAAAGAGAAUUAAUCUUGAUACAUAAACUCUUUUUGUUUAUCUUGGGAGUUAAAAUUAGGCACUAUUGACAUUUAGAUUAUAGCCUAAUACCUAGAUGGGACUCCAUUUAAAACACAAAUAAUUAGUGAUUCCUUUAUACAAAUAUUGUAGCUCUGUGCUUGGGUAUGAUGGAAUAUUAUAUUUCUUUCCUCACCUUUUCAUCAUCUAUAGCCAAUGAAAAGCAUAUUUUUUGCAUAUUGGCACAGAGCCCGUCAAAGGGCAUUAAGAAUGGAAACUUUUAUUGUCUUUAAAUACCAUCAGCACUUGGCUGCCUAAUAGCCUUUAUGGUGUUUCAUAAGUAACACGUUCUAGUGGGUUUCCUGGAUAUACAUCUUUCUUUAAAAAAAAAAAAAAGCUCUGUAACAUUUGUCUUUAUUUAAGGGCUGGAAGUUGUCAUCAGUUCUGCAUAGGAGCAAAUGAAGUUGAUUUUUGUUUGGGGGGGUUUUUUUGGAUGCAGUUUGAUUUAUCAAAUUAAUGUGCGGAUGGCAAGAAUGGCUUUGACUUGUUAUGCUAAGUUCUGCUAAUUUGGAUUUGUGGGAUUGAUUUUAGGAUAUUUUGGUUUUGUUUUGUAAGAUAAAGAAGAUUAUUAUUUGUGUAAGAAUUUCUCUUAGAAAUAAAAAUUGGCACGUAGCCAAUGUUUUUUUAGCCACACUUUUGUUUUCAAUAGACCUUUCAACUUUUAAACAUAAUUUGACUUGGAACUAAUAGUUUCUUUUCAGGAUUUCUCAUUUUUUUGGUAGAUGAUUCCGGUUCAAAAAUAUAUAUCAGAUUAAUACAUUAAACAAAUUGUCAUUCUGGAACAAAUACAGAUGCAAUCAUACUAAAGUAUUUUACAUUUAAGGAUGUUUAUAUAUCAAGUAUAGAAUCAUUGGUAGAAGUCCGAGAAAGCUAUGUUGCCUAUACUUCUGACAUUUAACUACAGUUUCUUAUAGCUCUUAUUGUGUCUCUUAGUUACAUUAAUACAACAUAGGCAGGGCCAUCUAAUUUGCUAGCUGUUUCCCUUUUAAUAACUGUAUACUUUCAUUCCUUUGCAGAAAAUUUAAUAAUCAUGAGGUUGGAAAAUCUGUACUUCUUUUAUUCACUAUGUCUUAGUAAUCAUAAAAGUCUAAAUGUGACAGAAAGUCUUUCAGUGAAGAAAACUUACAAAACUACUUUAUGGCACUCUGUAUUUUAAUGUUACAACUUGGGAUCUGUAUAUUUGUACACAGCAGUGUGUUUUUUAUUAAAAUAAUAUAAAAGACUGAAA